CCAUUGUCCUGAAGUGCACUUCUACACUCUGGGGGCUACACCCAACUUUUCUCCGCAGUGGGCUUCAAUCUUUCUUUUAACCAUCUACCAGACUGCUACUUGUGAGAACCGCCCUAGCGGUAGGUUUUAUCCGGGCUCCCUGGAAAAGUCUGCGGAGAGAGGGAGAGGGGGGACAAGCCGAGCCAGAGACGAGAGAUCAUGGCGGCACCUCUCGGACGGGACACCCUACCUGACCACUGGUCAUAUGGGGUUUGUAGAGACGGCCGGGUCUUUUUUAUUAAUGAUAAAAGUCAUAGCACUACUUGGCUACAUCCACGCACUGGUGAACCUGUUAACUCCGGGCACAUGAUACGGUCAGAUUUGCCAAGAGGAUGGGAAGAGGGCUUCACGGACGAAGGAGCCAGCUACUUCAUCAACCACAACCUGAGGACUGUAUCGUUUCGGCACCCUGUGACUGGACAGAUAUCCCCUGAAAACACAGAAUACACACUACAAGACAGGAUAGAAGUCCGUAUGUCCAAGUCAGCGGCCAAUCAGAGAUCCCCGAGCAUGGUCACAGAGUCCUCCAGGGCUGUGACAUCAGCAGCAGUGGAUGCCACCUCAGGGUCAAAGUGUUCCAGAGGUGCGGGGAAAGUGCACAGUUUUGGCAAGAGGGAUCAUGCUAUUAAAAGAAACCUCAACAUCCCAGUGGUGGUGAGAGGCUGGCUCUAUAAACAGGACAGCUCUGGAAUGCGGCUGUGGAAAAGGAAGUGGUUUGUUUUGUCAGACUACUGCUUGUUUUACUACAAAGACAGCAGAGAGGAGACCGUGCUUGGGAGCAUCCCUCUGCCCAGUUAUGUCAUUGCACCAGUUGAGCCUGAUGAUCACAUAAACCGCAAAUACGCUUUCAAGGCGAGCCAUACAGGAAUGCGCUCCUACAUUUACAAUAAGAACUCUGUGAUUGGCUCACAGGCAGAACACUGCGGGAUGCGGACAUAUUUCUUCAGUGCGGACACACAGGAGGACAUGAAUGGCUGGAUCCGGGCCAUGAACCAGGCUGCGCUGAUGCAGCAGAGUCACACUAUAAAGAGAGAAAUGGAGAAUCCUAAGAAGGCUGUACAACAGGCUGUCCCACAGGCCAAUCAUGUCCACAUCAACCAGAACUCAUCUCAGUCAGAAAGCCUUCGCAGGACAGACAGAGUGGAAGCUCCGGAAAAUUGUAUUCAACUGGCUCAUGGAGACGAGAUGAGGUAUGAAUUAGAGAUCCAGGGGAGGCCCAGCCAGUCAGCCACAGAGGAAAGAGUAGAGCGACUCUCGCCAGACUCAGUCGAUGGUGCCACCCACAAGAACGGACAGCAAACUGUAAUCCAAGUGGCUCUGCCACCAGAACAGAAUGGAAAUCUUGUCUAUCAGAGGGGCUUUGUUUUGCGACCAGCUACUGAGAAACAUGUGCAGAGGAAGAAUACGCUGGCUCAGGUGGAGCAGUGGGUCAAAGUUCAAAAAGGGGACCCACCAAAGAGUGGUCCCUCUGCUGAGUACAACCUCCCUCGGCGGACUCCUCCAUUAAAGCCCAAAGCCAGCACAUCGGAUGCCACCUAUCAGUCGUUGCCAAAGUCUCCCCGUCUCCCGUCUGGCAGCAACUCUCCUCCAGCAACAUGCAACCUGCCUAGUGACUACAAGUAUGCCCAUGACCGUCUUAGCCACUUCCGCAUGUCCACCGACGAGCGCAUGGCCACCAAGGAGGGAAUGGUGUGGCAGCUGUACGAGUGGCAGCAGCGGCAGCAGUUCCGUCAUGGCAGCCCCACCGCUCCUAUCUACACUGGCCCUAACUUCACAGACUCUUCAUCUUUUAGAGUUACUGUGGAGAUGCCACGUUCCAUCUCUGUCCCUCCGUCUCCGUGUGAAGUCCCACCAUCAGUCCCCUCCUCCUUCAAACCCCUGUCACCUCGCAGGCCCCACACUCCUUCAGACAGACGCACAGUCAGGCCCCUGGAUGAAGUGACACCAGGGGACAGCACAAGGUCCAGUUCGCCCGGCCAUAUUUGUGCCCAUCUUUCAAAGACUUCCCAAAUAGAGAGAAGGUCCAUGCCUGCCAUGGGCUACAUCACACACACUGUCAGUGCACCCAGCUUGCAUGGCAAAACGCCAGAGGAGCUGACUCUGCUCCUCAUUCAGCUUCGGAGGCACCAGGCCAAGAUGGCUGGUGUGCAUAGCCCGAGUGAUACGUUCGCUCACCUGCAGCACCACCAGCACAACGGCCUUCUGGGCCCCAGCAUGCAGGCUGAUGAUACUUACAUACAACUGAAGAAGGACCUGGAGUAUCUAGAUCUGAAGAUCCAAAGUAUUGACCCGAUGAUCGUUUCAGUACACAAUGUGUUUGAAAACUCCACUCCACAGAGUUUUGGGUACUGUUGGAAUGUUACUGGACGGGAGAGUUUAAAAACAGAAAGACCAUCAAGGCCUGUGAAAAUAGCAGAAAGUGAUGCUGAUGUGAAAUUAAGUCGACUGUGUGAACAAGACAAGAUUCUACAGGAGCUAGAGGCCAGGAUACGCACUUUGAAGGAGGACAAGGACAAGCUGGAGUCUGUGCUGGAUGUUUCCCACCAGCAGAUGGAGCAGUACAGAGCUCAGCCAGCCCAUGCUGAGAAGAUUGCCUAUCAGCAGAAAUUACUACAAGAGGAUGUGGUGCACAUUAGGGCGGAAAUAUCUCAAGUCUCCACAGAGAUGGAAAACGCGUGGAAUGAGUACAGCCGGCUGGAGAGAGAUGUGGACUGGCUGAAGUCGGCCCUGCAGGGACAGAUGAACCGCAGCGAUCUCUCUCAGAAAGAGAAAGUCCAGAUCAGAAAAGAGCUGUGGAGAAUUGAGGAUGUUAUCGCAGGCCUCAGCACCAGUAAAGCCAACUACAAAGUCACUAUCUCCUCUGUUACCAACCCAGAGAGGAAAUUUGUGCCUUCAGUUUCGGCGUCAUCAGUGCCUUCUGUGUCGGGGAGCCCGUCUGCUAUAGAGAUGAGAUUUUCCCAGCAGCAACAGCAGCACAGCCCCCACCUCAGCCCCAGUAGCCACACCCCCACCCUUUCCUCCAGCCCCAGCCAUCAGCCCUUACACCACUGGGUGGAUGCAACCAUUACCAGUGGACUGAAAUGGGGUGAGGAAGAUGUGCCUCCCAGACCUCCUCUACCUCAGCUCUACAGCCCUGAUGAGCAUCCCCCUGCUGUGCCCCCAUUGCCCCGGGAGACAACGGUCAUCAGACACACUUCUGUUCGCGGCCUCAAGCGACAGUCAGAUGAACGCAAAAGGGACAGAGAGAUUGGCCAGUUCACUAAUGGAGACAGUAAGGUAGAACUUAGGCCUUUCCUGAGCGAUCCAGAGCUUAUGGGAGCUGGAGACGGCUCCAGCCACAUCACUGUAGUAUCAUCUGGACGUGCCGGUUACCAGACGUUACCAAGCAGAGGAGUGGCUGGCUCCUCGCUUAGGCUAAAUCAGUCUUCGAGCAUCUCCUCAUAUGUGACCCUCCGAAGAGCAGCCUCAGCUGCCGGCGUGAAGGAGAGACCAAAAAGUGCCUUGGAGCGUCUGUACUCUGGGGACCCGGCGCAGCAGCAGAGUGGGAAGAUGAGUGCUGAUGAGCAGUUGGAGAGGAUGAAGAGGCACCAGAAGGCCCUCGUCCGCCAGCGCAAACGCACCCUGAGCCACGGAGACCGCCACGCCUCUCCAUCCUCGCGCAGCUCGUCCUCAUCCUCACGCCCACUUUCAGCAGACUUGGGAUCAUGGAAGAGAGAGCAGGAGUUUGACCUGCAGUUGCUCGAGAGGGCUGUUCAGGGGGAGGAGGCACAGGGAGUUAGGAACGUUCAGGGAGAGGAAAGACCUCCCGAGCACAAAGAGAGACCCCGCUCGCACUCUGACGAAUGGCUGACCCUGCGCUCCACGGCCACAACCCCUCCCUCCCAUGAGGUCGACCUGGAACCACUAGACUAUGACCUGGACCUUAACAAAGAGCUUUCUAAGCCUCAGAAAGUGUUGAUCCCAGAGCGUUAUGUGGAUUCAGAGCCUGAGGAGCCUCUCAGUCCGCAGGAGGUGGAGGAUCGUAAUCGUAAGGUGGAGCGCAUCAAAAGCAUCUUGGCAAAGUCCAGUGUGCAAAACCUAGCACCCACAGUGAUUGUGGACAAGCCAGAGGUUGGGCUAGUGGCUCUUGACUCAGCUCUACAGGAGCAGGAGAGGAUCAUCACCAUGUCCUACGCUCUCGCGUCGGAGGCCUCGCUCAAGAGUAAACUAGUCACAGCUCAAGCAAUUUCUGGACACUGAGGUGCUAUUCCACAAUGACAACAAACAACUGCAUUCUGCAAGAAAAGAGGAUUUUUUGGAACCUUUCCAUACAGAAGUACAAGAACUGUACUAAAGACUCUAAAGUACUCUCUGAGGCUCACGCAGCAUUGACUCGUUAAGGUGUUUCUAGUUGCUGAAAGCGACAGGAAAAUGGAAGACUUCGCAAUGGGAGCUGCUGUGCUCAUUAACUAUGGAAAUGUCUAACAAAUGUUAUCAUAUGUUAUAAUCAUCUUUUCUACAUGUUAUUGCACUUUGAAUUGUACACUGUAUCAUGUUUUCAAGGUAUGACUGAAUUGCUUUUACUUGCAGUGUGAUAUCAACUGGGAACUUGCACAGAAUGUCAAAAACAAAAGGGACUAAAUGUGUCAUGAGGGUAGUAUUUUUUGUCAAAACUCAGAUCAUAUUCUUACACCAAACCACUUGAAAUAUCAUAUGUAUGUACCUGUAGCACUGCCAGUCUCCUUUUAGCUUGCCAAAAUGAAUUUUUAUUUUUGCUUACAUCAAGAUGAAAAUAACCUCUAACAUAUUUUCUGUGUGACUGGGGAUGGUUGCACAAUGGACAUUUAUAAAAAUGUUAAUAUUAAAGAUGUUAACACAA